GUGCUAUUUUCAAAUUGGUGAUCUACGGUUUGGUGUACCGACUUGGUGUUGGUAGGGUCUGAAAUGGAUACAAAAAUCAUUAUCAAAAAGCAACCCAAAGUGAAUGAAAAUAGUGAUCUAGAAAAUUAUAGUAAAGAGGAACUGAUUCAGAAAGUCAUAUCUUUAACAGCACAUAAUACACAAUUGAAAAAUAUAAUUGCAAAGUCAGCAAUUCAAGAACAGAAACAAAAGUCAGCAAAGCCUUUUGAUUUUUCCAAGUGUAAGUUUAAACAUGUAGCACUCAAAAUAUUCUACCUAGGAUGGGAAUACAAGGGUUUUGUUGUUCAAGAAGAUACAACACAAACAGUGGAAUACCACUUAUUUGAAGCACUUACAAGAGCACGCCUUAUAAGAGAUAGGCCUUCAUCAAACUACCAUAGAUGUGGCAGAACAGAUAAGGGUGUCAGUGCAUUUGGUCAAGUGAUUUCAAUAGAUUUGAGAAGUAACUUAUCUGAGAAUGAAUCAAAUAAUUUUGAAAAGGAAAUAGAUUAUUGUAAAGUACUGAACAGCAUAUUACCUGACAGUAUACAGUGUGUGGCAUGGAGUCCAGUGGAUGCUACUUUCAGUGCAAGAUUUGACUGCAGUUGUAGGACUUAUAGAUAUUAUUUUCCAAAGGGUUCUUUGGAUAUAGCAAGCAUGAAAGUUGCAGCAGAAAAGCUGUUAGGACCACAUGAUUUCAGGAAUUUUUGUAAAAUGGAUGUUGGUAAUGGAGUGACAGAGUUCAUAAGAAAUAUAUCUGCAAUCAAUAUUGAACCAGUUUGUGACCAAAAUAUUGAUGAUGGUUAUUCCAUUUAUAUGAUAGCAAUCAGGUCUAAGGCAUUUUUGUGGCAUCAAAUUAGAUGCAUCAUGGGGAUAUUAUUUUUGAUAGGACAGAAUAAGGAGGAACCUAAUCUCAUAAAUGAGUUGUUGGAUGUAGAAAAAACUCCUAGAAAACCAGAAUAUAGAAUGGCAAAUGAACUCCCUCUGAAUUUGUAUUUCUGUGAGUAUGAUGGGAUCAAAUGGCACUAUAAUGAUUCCUUAAAUCAAGUUAUAGAAAAACUCAGUUCACUGUGGACCACUCAUGCUCUAAAAGAAACAAUGUUGAAAGAUAUGUUGAUCAGUUUGAAAAAUGAUCUACAAACAGUAUGUUCAAAUAAUGAAGAUAAACAUGAAAAAUGCCUAAGUGAACAUCUUUUACCAAAACAUAGUCCAAACAACUAUCUUCCAGUGAUGAAAAGACAAACUUGUAAUAGUCUAGAGAGCAAAAUAGAACACUUUGCUAAAAGGAAAAGGAUCCAAAUUGUUGAAGGAAACUCUGGAAAUAUAUCAAAAUAAAAAAAUAGGUAUAUUAUUUCUUAUCCUUAUACACAAAUACCCUUGAGUUUCAA